UUCAGGCUCUAGGGUUCAUACAGCUCCUCGAGAUCUCUCAUCCCUUCUCCCCAACAACAACAACAACAAUAAUACACUAUAAUAUGGUUGAUGGCAAUGAAAAUCGGGGUGAAGAGAAACGGUGUGCACAAGUGGCGGUGGAAAGUGUCAUAACAUGGGGUGAAGCAGCAGGUAUAGCGGAUAUAUCUCAAGACUUGGCUCGGUCUAUUGCUGCUGAUGUCACAUACAGAUUACGACAAACACUAAAUGUGUGUGGCCAGUUUCUGAAACAUUGUAAACGUCGCCGGCUCACCCCAGAUGACAUAAAUCGUGCUUUGAAAUGGAUGGAUGUCACUUCUGUAAUGGGAUAUACAGGUAGUGAGCCAGUUGAGUGGCAGGCAAUACCAGAGGUUGGUGUUCAUAUUGCUCAUGACCCUACAGUCAAUCUUGCAAGUACAGCCCUUAGUGGAGACAUCUUUCAUCAACCUGGUAGUCCAUGUGUUAGAGUAUCUGGGUGUAUGAUCAAACAUGAUGCUGUGCGCCCUCAAGCAUUUAUCAGUAAGAUUCUAGCCAAGACAAUAAAUUUGUUUGAAGACCUUGAGGAGAAUCAAGAGUUCCAAAGCGUGUCAGAUCAGAAUUCAUUUCCACUGAUGGCAUGCAUUUCUGUUAAGGAGUACCACAGCAGUCAUGCUGGAGACGCAUCACUAUGCAUUGGGCAGCUCCACUGUUUUAGUGGUGCAGGAGUUGGAUUGUCACUUCAGAUAAUGUGUGAAGAUGUAUCAACAUCUCCUGGUAUAAGUGCUUUGGUGAGCCCUAUUGUUGGAGGGCUUGUAAGAGGUGCACAGCGUGCUCGACAGAAGCCCUGCAUAUUGCGGAGAAUUCUUUUAUUAAUAAGGGCUCUUCUCUUGAAUCCUCACCUGCAUCUUGGUCCUCAAAAUUAUAUGCGGGAUUUAGUUAAUGUGUUGGUAUACUGCAUCAUCAUUGAACGAAAGUCUCCACAGGAUACUCAAAUGAUUCGCAGCUUGGCAUGCAAUGUGCUAAUUCAGGUUGUGUCAAGAGAACCAGGAUGUCGAGGAACUUGGGAAACGGUUGUGAGCAGUCUUGGUGGAGUUGUGGCCAGCAGCAGUCGUCCAUGGGGUCAGCAUGUAGGGGCAUUAAUUGGCCUUCUGACACUGGGGGCCCCUGCUCUGUUAAACAGCCUCACACCCAUUGCUCGAUCUUAUUAUAAUCGCCUAACUCAUGCUAUCUCUCAGUCACCAACAGCUAGUACCCGAGAUAUUCUAGAUGCACAUACAUCUAAUUGCUUGUUAUUGGCUGGCCUAGUGAAUGUCAUGACCACCUUUGUGAAAAGCCUUCCAGACACCAUAGUAAUGUUUUCAUCCUCUAAAUCAUCAUCAUGCGUCUCUACUAACACAGUCUCCCCUAUCGGAAUUGUUGAUGGAGAUGUGACAUUUGAGCAAAUACAGGAGAUCUAUAAAUUAGGAGAGGAAUCAUAUGGACUGCUUUCAUUCUCCAAUUCCUGGAGUGCUGGCCUAGUGAAUGUCAUGACCACCUUUGUGAAAAGCCUUCCAGACAGCAUAGUAAUGUUUUCAUCCUCUAAAUCAUCAUCAUGCGUCUCUACUAACACAGUCUCCCCUAUCGGAAUUGUUGAUGGAGAUGUGACAUUUGAGCAAAUACAGGAGAUCUAUAAAUUAGGAGAGGAAUCAUAUGGAUCUGCUUUCAUUCUCCAGAUUCCUGGAGUGUAUCUCUGUUGUACACCUAACCAGGUCCCAAGUUUCUUACAAUCUUCUGUCUACCGUGAUCAAGCAAUAUCAGGAGAUGCACUUCUCAAUCCACCUGCAGCUAAACGAUCCAGAUCCAAGCUCCAUCAAUCUACAAGCAAACCUAGGCCAAGAAGAAAUCAACCAUAUUCUCCAUCUCAACUAUUUGAUGGAUACAAAGCCCUUACUGAAAUGAGGUCACACAUACAAAUGAAUAUUAGAGGCUGUUGGAAAAAAAGCAUAAACAAACUUAAAAGAAGGAAUUCCUCUCUUCCUGCAGUUAUUCCUCAUGCUCACCGUCCACUUCUUGCUCGCUAUUGUUCUCGUCUCACUGGUUGUAUGCCUCAUAAUACUUUUACAAGGCCAUUAUUUUCACCUUUAAAACCAGGAUACACUUUGCAGUAUCUUCUCCUCUGAACUGUUUUCAGUUUAUUCUAUACAGGGUUAGCCUAUGUCUUUUUUGAUAUAAAAUAUGACCUUUAAUAUUAAUUUAGGAAUACACCUGCUUGAGCUGACAGUGAUCAUCCUUUGUCCAUAAAUACUUUUAUCACUGAUAUUAUUAUUACCAUCAGAACUAAGCGCUAAACCCACAAGGGUCACACAGCACUGCUUUCAUUGAUAAUUAUUUUUUUUUUUUCCAACAAGUUGGCUGUCUCCCACCGAGGCAGGGUGACCCAAAAAAGAAAGAAAAUCCCCAAAAAGAAAAUGCUUUCAUCAUCAUUCAACACUUUCACCACACUCACACAUAAUCACUGUUUUUGCAGAGGUGCUCAGAAUACAACAGUUUAGAAGCAUAUACGUAUAAAGAUACACAACAUAUCCCUCCAAACUGCCAAUAUCCCAAACCCCUCCUUUAAAGUGCAGGCAUUGUACUUCCCAUUUCCAGGACUCAAGUCCGACUAUAUGAAAAUAACCGGUUUCCCUGAAUCCCUUCACUAAAUAUUACCCUGCUCACACUCCAACAGAUCGUCAGGUCCCAAGUACCAUUCGUCUCCAUUCACUCCUAUCUAACACGCUCACGCACGCUUGCUGGAAGUCCAAGCCCCUUGCCCACAAAACCACCUUUACCCCCUCUCUCCAACCCUUUCGAGGACGACCCCUACCCCGCCUUCCUUCCCCUAUAGAUUUAUAUGCUUUCCAUGUCAUUCUACUUUGAUCCAUUCUCUCUAAAUGACCAAACCACCUCAACAACCCCUCUUCUGCCCUCUGACUAAUACUUUUAUUAACUCCACACCUUUUCCUAAUUUCCACACUCCGAACUUUCUGCAUAAUAUUUACACCACACAUUGCCCUUAGACAGGACAUCUCCACUGCCUCCAACCGUCUCCUCGCUGCUGCAUUUACCACCCAAGCUUCACACCCAUAUAAGAGUGUUGGUACUACUAUACUUUCAUACAUUCCCUUCUUUGCCUCCAUAUAGUUUUUGACUCCACAUAUACCUCAAUGCACCACUCACCUUUUUUCCCUCAUCAAUUCUAUGAUUAACCUCAUCCUUCAUAAAUCCAUCCACCAACACGUCAACUCCCAAGUAUCUGAAAACAUUUACUUCUUCCAUACUCCUCCUCCCCAAUUUGAUAUCCAAUUUUUCUUUAUCUAAAUCAUUUGAUACCCUCAUCACCUUACUCUUUUCUAUGUUCACUUUCAACUUUCUACCUUUACACACAUUCCCAAACUCAUCCACUAACCUUUGCAGUUUUUCUUUAGAAUCUCCCAUAAACACAGUAUCAUCAGCAAAAAGUAACUGUGUUAAUUCCCAUUUUGAAUUUGAUUCCCCAUAAUUUAAUCCCACCCCUCUCCCGAACACCCUAGCAUUUACUUCUUUUACAACCCCAUCUAUAAAUAUAUUAAAAACCAUGGUGACAUUACACAUCCCUGUCUAAGACCUACUUUUACCGGAAGUAGUCUCCCUCUCUUCUACACACCCUAACCUGAGCCUCACUAUCCUCAUAAAAACUCUUUACAGCAUUUAGUAACUUACCACCUAUUCCAUAUACUUGCAACAUCUGCCACAUUGCUCCCCUAUCCACUCUAUCAUAUGCCUUUUCUAAAUCCAUAAAUGCAAUAAAAACUUCCCUACCUUUAUCUAAAUACUGUUCACAUAUAUGCUUCAAUGUAAACACUUGAUCUACACAUCCCCUACCCACUCUGAAACCUCCUUGCUCAUCCGCAAUCCUACAUUCUGUCUUACCUCUAAUUCUUUCAAUUAUAACCCUACCAUACACUUUUCCUGGUAUACUCAAUAAACUUAUUCCUCUAUAAUUUUUACAAUCUCUUUUGUCCCCUUUCCCUUUAUAUAAAGGGACUAUACAUGCUCUCUGCCAAUCCCUAGGUACCUUCCCCUCUUUCAUACAUUUAUUAAACAAAAGUACCAACCACUCCAACACUAUAUCCCCCCCUGCUUUUAACAUUUCUGUCAUGAUCCCAUCAGUUCCAGCUGCUUUACCCCCUUUCAUUCUACGUAAUUAUUGUUAAUAUUCUUAAAUUGCCCUAGGUAGUAGGUUGGUAGACAGCAACCACCCAGGGAGGUACUACUGUCCUACCAAGUGAGUGUAAAAUGAAAGCCUGUAAUUGUUUUACAUGAUGGUAGGAUUGCUGGUGUGUUUUUUGUCUCAUAAACAAGCAAAAUUUCAGGUAUGUCUUGCUACUUCUACUUACACUUAAGUCACACUACACAUGCAUGUACAAGCAUAUAUAUACAUGCCCUCUGGGUUUUCUUCUAUUUUCUUAUUCUUGUUCUUGUUGUUUAUUUCCUCUUAUCUCCAUGGGGAAGUGGAACAGAAUUCUUCCUCUGUAAGCCAUGCGUGUCGUAAGAGGUGACUGAAAUGCUGUGAGCAAGGGGCUAGUAACCCCUUCUCAUGUAUACAUUACUAAAGGCAAAAAGAGAAACUUUUGUUUUUCUUUUUUGGGCCACCCUGCUUUGGUGGGAUAUGGCCAUUUUGUAGAAAGAAAGAAGAGAUUCUCAGGUUUCUUUAUCUGUAUAUUUAUUUUUUUUUGGUUGACCAACACCUGGCUACAGAGCUCUCUUUUCUCUCCUGUCAUUCACUUUCUAUAGUUAUGAUAUGCUUGGAGGCCUUACUACUCUACCUCAUUUUUUCAUCUAAUCCAGCAGUCUACAAGUAUUUGCAAAAAAAUAAUUUCUUCUAGGUGAGUACAUAAUAUUAAAUUACACCGUGUAUACUGGUAAAGCUUGGAUUGUACAGGAAAUACCUAUAAUAGGAAAGCCCUACAGCCUAAACAAUCUAUUCCAAAUACAGUGGUACCCUGAAUUUCGGCCAUAAUGCGUUUCAGAAGGCUGUUCAAGUGCCGUUACUGAACAAAUUUGUUUCCAUAAGGAAUAAUUUAAAUUAGAUUAGUCCAUUUCAGACCUACAAAAGCACUUACAAAAAUACACUUACAUAAUUGUUCAAGUUGGGAGCUGUUUGAAAUUCAAGGUACUACUGUACUGUAUUUUACAGUGGUGUUGAGGAUGCUCUCAUCAUCCCCCCUUCCCCAAGUCUGAUUGGCUAAAUUUUGGAAAAAAUAAGAAACUGUACCCAUGGUAAUAACGGUAAUAAAGUUAUGUUAAGCCUGAGGCACUACAUAUAAAAACACGUGUUGAUGGUUCAUUCUGCGUUUUUUUUUAUCACUGACACAGCUGAUUGGCAGGUUUGCCAGUCGACUAAAACAAAUCAUCAUACUUAUUAACAUGUGUAAAUUACAUAGGAUAAUCCAAAAAGUUAGACAUGUGACUUAUUUCCCUUGAGGCCUUGAUUUCAACUGGAGUCCUUGAUUUUCAUGGUCUCUCUGUAAUGAAUAGUUCUUCAGUUCUCUUGUGAUUGGCAGUAUUUUUGUGUCUUUCAGUUUGUGGCUGUCUCCUUACCAUCAUUGCUGUACCUUUACCUUUGAAGAGUUUCACUACUCUCGGAGCCUGGCCAUGGGCCAGGCUCGUCUGGUGCUUGCCUGGUCAACCAGGCUGUUGCUGCUGGAGGUCCACUGCCCCACAUUUCCAUUACAGCCUGGUUGAUCUGGCACCUGCUGAAGAUACUUGUCCAGUUUCCUCUUGAAGGCUUCUACACUUGUUCCAGCCGUGUUUCUGAUAUCUUCUGGUAAGAUGUUGAAUAGUCUGGGACCCCGGAUGUUGAUACAGUGUUCCCUUAUUGUCCCCACUGCACCCCUGCUCCUCACUGGGCUUAUUUUGAACUUCCUCCCAUGUCUCUCACUCCAGUAUGUUGUUAUGACAGUGUGCAGAUUUGGGACCAGGCUCUCUAGUACUUUCCAGUUAUAUAUUAUCAUGUGUCUCUCCUUUGACUCAUUGUGAGCCGUAAACGUUCUUUGUAUUUGUUCCAGCUCUGAUAUUUCUCCUGCUUUGAACGGGGCUGCCAACACUGAGCAAUAUUCUAAAUGAGGGUGCACUAGCGAUUUGAAGAGUGUCACCAUCAGCAUUAUUUCCCUUGUUUUGAAAGUUCUCAAUACCCGCCACAUCAUCUUCCUGGCUGUCAUGAUCUGUCUUGUUAUGGUCUUUAACCCUUAAACUGUCCAAACGUAGAUCUGCAUUCACUCGCAUAGUGCUUCGAACGUAGAUCUAUGUUUUUUUUUUUACAUUGUUUCAAAUGGAGAAAAUCAAGGUCGGAGCACUGCGCACGUAAACGUAGAUCUAUGUUUGGACAGUUUAAGGGUUAAAAGAAAGGUCAGCUGACAUAAUUAUUCCCAGGUCUUUACAUGUUCCUUUUGCUCUGUUUGGUGACCCCUCUGAGUUUUGUAUAUAGUGUUCCUUUUAAGUUCUUUCCAUACCUAAGCAGCUGGAACUUAUCAUCAUUGAACAUCAUGUUCUUCAUUGCCCACUGGAAAACCCUGUUUGUGUCAUCCUGUAAUUUUUCAGUGUCCUUUUCCGUAGUGAAUUUCAUGCUUAUUUUAGUGUUGUCUGGAAAUGAUACAAAAGCGUGAUGGGUGUUUUUAUCUAUGUCUGCUAUGAGGAUGAGAAACAGCAGAGGUGCCAGGACAGUGCCUUGGGGCACUGAGCUUUUUACCUCAUUAAUGCUGGAUCUUGCUCUGUUUACUACUACUGUUUGUUUUCUGUGUGUUAGGAACCCAAAAAUCCAUCUGCCUAUCUUCCCUGUAAUGCCCAUGGCCCUCAUUUUGUGCGCUAUCACUCCAUGAUAACAUUUGUCAAACGCCUUUGUAAAAUCCGUGUAGAUCACAUUGCGUUUUGGUCGUCUUUGUCAUAAUGGUUCAGCAGCUGUGACAGGCAUGAUCGUCCUGCUCUAAAACCCUGCCAGUUUGGGUUAUGCUGGUUGUGCUGGUCCAUAAAAUUUGUAAUCUGCCGUCUCGUCACUCUUUUGAAGAUUUUUAUGAUGCAAGAAGUUAGGGUUACUGGUCUGUAAUUUUUAGCUUGUGUUCUACUACCUCCCUUAUGCAAAGGAGCUGUCUGCACUCUUUAAGGCCUCUGGUAUUUCACCUAGAACUAAGCUCUUUCUCCAAGGAAUACUGAGGGCUCGUGCUAGUGGCACUUGGCACUUCUUUAUAAAUAGGGCAUUCCAUGAAUCUGGUCCAGGUGCUGAGUGACUGGGCUUGUUAUCCAUUUCUUUUUCAAAAUCUAUGGGAUUUUUACUAAUGUCAGUUAGUUGGUCUGUGCAGCCUUCUGCGGGAGUGAAAAAUAUUUCUGCAUUUUCUGCCUUGCUCUCAUGUAGUGUUUAGUGCUUCUUUUUGAUUAUAAUAAUAAUAAUCUCAUGUAGUGGGUUGCUGAACACUGACUCAUACUGUUCUUUUAGGAUUUCACUCAUUUCCUGUUCAUCAUCAGUAUACAGAUCUCCUCAAUAAUGGUCCAAUUCUUCAGGUAGUUCUUAACUUGGAUUUUGCAUAGGAAUAGAAAUAUUUUGGGUUUCUUGCAAUAUCCUGCAUUUCCCUAUGUUCCCUUUGGACUUCUGUUAGAUAUGACAUCCUAUGUUUUUGCUCUAAUUCAGUGAUCUCUCGGCUAAGUCUAUCUUUCCUCUGUUGUGACAUAUUUGUUUUUUUAAGCAAUUCAGUAACUUGUUUUCUCUGUACCGUCUCCUACACACACACUUUCUACAUCUGAUCUUCUGGGUUUCUUCAAUGGUACAUGCUUCAUACAUACCUUGUAUGCUUCUGUAUUCAGCUUCUCUCCCCUCAAGGGAGGUUCCUUGAUGCUGGUGAGGUGCUCUUGAUCUAGGGAAUUGGAUCUGUUCUCCAGUUCCCUGAAUUAAGCCUGAAUACCCUCCAUCCCCCUCCCCCCACAUGCACUGUAUAAUCCUACAGCUUUAGCACUCCCCAAUUAUUAUAAUUAUAUUCUGCUUCUCUAGGCACUGGUGGGGAUUUAGGGUGCUCAUGUCUGAUUCCCAGGAUAUGUCUGAUAGCUCAUGGUUUAGUUUUUCCGAGUCAAUUCUGUGGUUGUUAGAAUUAAACUUUCUGAACAUCCCAUCUCUGCAUUGGCCAUACUUGUCUUACCCAUGGAUAUCUCAUGGAGCAACAUCCUGUUCCUCUCUGUGAGGUUUGUCGGGUCCCUGUUUCAGUUUGUCACUUUCUUGUGGAUUGUCCAGUUUACCAGUGAGCUCACAGAAUUUACCUCCACCAUCACCACCACUCUUGCUUUAUCUUCUCUCCUUGCUGACGGCCCUGAUUUCGACUUGCGCUCACUUUUUGACUCGUCAGCACCUGCUUUACUACACAAACUGACAUAUAGCCUUUAGCGUCCCUUCCAGCCCUUUUCUUCCUUCACCUCUGAUCCCCUUCUUAACUAGCUGUUUAUAGACCCAGUACUAUUUUCUGCCCCACAGCACUACAUGACCCUUGUCAGUUUAGAUCUUCCAUAGACAAAGAACUUUGUCCAUGGAAACAAAGAGGGGAAUGUAUGAGAGUAUAGUUAUACCAACACUCUUAUUUGGGUGUGAAGCAUGGGUGGUGAAUGUUGCAACAAGGAGAAGGCUGGAGGCAGUGGAGAUGUCGUGUCCGAGGGCAAUGUGUGGUGUGAAUACGAUGCAGAAAAUUCGUAGUUUGGAAAUUAGGAGGUGUGGGAUUACCAAAACUUUUAUCCAGAGGGCUGAGGAGGGGUUGCUGAGGUGGUUCAGACAUGUAGAGAGAAUGGAACAAAAUAGAAUGACUUUGUAUAAAUCUGUAGUGGAGGGAAGGUGGGGUAGGGGUCAGCCUAGUAAAGGUUCGAGGGAGGUAAAGGAGGUUUUGUGUGCUUGGACUUCCAGCAAGCAUGCGUGAGCGUGUUAGAUAAGAGCGAAUGAAGACAAAUGGUUUUUAGGACUUUACAUGCUGUUAGAGCGUGAGCAAGGUAAUGUGAAGGGAUUCAGGGAAACCGGCAGGCCAGACUCGAGUCCUAGAGAAGGGAAGUACAGUGCCUGCACUCUGAAGGAGGGGUGUUAAUGUUGUAGUUUUAUAACUGUAGUGUAAGCACACCUCUGGCAAGACAGUGAUGGAGUGAAUGAUAAUGUUUUUCUUUUUUGGGCCACCCUACCUUGGUGGGAAAUGGCCGAUGUGUUAAAUAAAAAAAAAUCAGUAUCGCUCAGUUUAGCUGCAACUGAACAUUUGCAGGCUACUCACUCAUUUGAUUCGCAUACAAUAUGUGAAUUGGACCUGACUGGCCAUGUUCUCUUUCUACUCAGUGCAUUCAAGUGGAUGUGCCUGUAGAAUUGGUGUAUAAAUCUGGAAUGGAGGUAGGAGGGAGUUAUCCCAGGGAUGGUUGGGAAGGAAAAGGUAACGGAGGCUUUGAGUUUAACCACUGAGGUUUGUGCCAUAGUACUACGGGUUUGAGCUCAGGGUUUGUGCCAUAGAACUAAGUGAUCUCAGCUCUCUCAGAUAAGGAGUGAGUGGUAAAUUUGGGCCUAGUUAUGAGAGAAUGGGUCUGUGCAACAAGUGUGCACCAUAUAAAAAAAAAAUCCUGCCCCUACGCAGUACAUGAGAAAAAAUAAUCAUGAAUUGGUCUAAAAUAGCGACCUUGCAGUGUAUUCCCUGUUUUGUUUUAGAACAAAGUAGCUUGAAAUUGAGCUCAAUGUAGCAGAAAUGUUUGAAUUUUGCAUAUUCCAGACGACACAAAUUACAUCGCUCAUCCAGUACGCAUCCAACUGGUCAGUCUAAUACGUGUUCGUGAAUGUGCCAACACUAUUUAUAGUUAUUACAGCACAGUAAUCUGCAUGCAGGUAAAUCUUUUUUUUUUUUUUUUUUUAUGUAUGCACUUGCUGGCGAGAUUAUGUCUCCACCAUCACCUCUGCUUCCUCUAUGAGUGCAGUCUGGAAAAAAGUACGAAAACUGAGUGGUAAAUAUUCUCCUGACCCGGCUCCUGUUCUGCAGGUUGCCGGUGUUGAUAUAGCAAACCCACUGGAUGUUGCCAAUGAAAUUGGCAAUCAUCUGGUCCGUAUUUCUCAGGGGAUCCAUUUAUGCCCCUCGUUUCUUUCCUCAAAGUCUGCCAGAGAGUUAGCACCCUUGGACUUUUCUUCUCUCAGAGAAGAACAGUAUAAUGUGCCUUUUACACUUCAGGAACUGGAGGCAACACUCUUAGCUUACCGAUCAUCGGCAGCUGGGCCCGACGACAUUCAUAUUCGUAUGCUACAACAUUUACAUCAGUGAGCCUUUGCAGUCCUAUUAUGCCUUUUCAAUCUUAUUUGGUCACAGGGAGUUCUUCCACAGCUGUGGAAAUCUGCCAUUGUUCUCCCUUUCCGCAAACCGGGUACUACGGGACAUGAAGCCUCCCACUAUUGUCCCAUUGUUCUUACCAGUGCAGUUUGCAGUGAUGGAACGCCUGGUAAAUAGACAUUUAGUGUGGUAUUUAGAGACACACAACAGUCUCUCCACUCGUCAAUAUGGCUUUUGUAAGGGCUGUUCUACCAUAGACCCCUUACUAUGCUUAGGUAUGUAUGUUCGUAAUGCCUUUGCGAAUAACCACUCAGUUAUUGCCAUAUUUUUUGACCUUGAGAAGGCAUAUGACACAACUUGGAGGUAUAAUAUUUUGGCCCAAGCCCACUCCUUAGGCCUUCAAGGCAAUCUACCAUCCUUCCUUAAGAACUUUUUAACUGACAGGCAUUUCCGUGUUCGGGUUAAUAAUGUGCUCUCCCUGGACUUUAUCCAAGAUGAAGGUGUCCCCCAGGGAUGUGUUCUGAGCACACUUUUCCUCCUUGCUAUAAAUGAUUUGGCCUCUAGUCUUCCAUCCAAUAUUUGGUCAUCACCCUAUGUUGAUGACUUUGCUAUUGCAUGUGCAGGCGCUGACUGUCGCCUCAUUACAGCUUCUCUCCAACAUGCAGUCGACCGUGUUUCCAAUUGGGCCACCACACAUGGGUUUAAAUUUUCCAGUACCAAAACUCACCAAAUUACUUUCACUAGACGCUCUGUCAUCUUCAAUCAUCCUUUGUACCUCUAUGGCUCCUGUAUCCCUGAAUGUGAUACAGUCAGGUUUCUAGGCCUCCUCUUUGACCGUAAGUUAUCCUGGAAACCUCGCAUUACCUCUCUGAAGGCAACUUGUCACAGCCGGCUGAACCUUCUUAAAACCCUUGCUCAACUUUCACGGGGAGCUGAUCGUCGAACUCUCCUUCGCCUACAUUCUGCCCUCAUUUUAUCGAAACUUGAUUAUGGUGACCAGAUCUAUUCAGCGGCCUCUCCUGCUACUCUCUCUAGCCUUAACCCCAUUCAUCACCAAGGAUUACAUUUAUGCCUUGGUGCUUUUCGCUCUUCCCCUGUUGAGCCCCUCUAUGCAGAAGCGAAUGUUCCAUCCUUAUUCGAUCGCCAUGAUGCCCAUUGCCUUCGCUACUAUGUACGCUCUCAUGAUCUCUGCAAUCCUUCCAUUUAUAGAAUGGUCACCAAUAUUAGUAGACAUUAUUUGUUCGCUGCCCCUGUUUGCUCCGUCCCUUCUCCCUUUGCCUACAUUUGCUCUUGUCUUCUCUUCAUUUACCACCUUUCUAUGUUCAUGUAGCAUCUCACUUUUCCCUACCAUCCCUGGGAAGUUCCAGCUGUUUGAGUCUGUUCUUUCUCACUCCCUUGCUCGAAAGCCCAACUGUCUACGGUAGCUUCCCACUCUUUUUCUUGACCACUUCCACUCUCAUUCUCAUGCCAUUGCAGUGUACACAGAUGGCUCUAAGUCUUCUGACGGCGUAGGAUUUGCAGCAGUGUUUCCAGACAGCGUUAUACAAGGGCAUUUACUAUCUUCGGCUAGUAUCUUUACUGCUGAAUUGUAUGCCAUUCUUGCAGCACUUAUCCGUAUUGCAUCUAUGCCUGUGUCAUCAUUUGUGGUUGUCUCAGACUCCCUUAGUGCCUUACAGGCUAUACAGAAAUUUGAUACACCUCACCCCUUGGUCCUCCGUAUCCAACUUUGGCUACGCCGCAUCUCUUCCAAGCAUAAAGAUAUCGUUUUUUGUUGGGUCCCUGGUCAUGUUGACGUACAGGGCAAUGAACAGGCAGACACUGCUGCGCGGUCAGCAGUACAUGACCUACCAGUUUCAUAUAGAGGCGUUCCAUUUACGGACUAUUUUGCUGCAAUAGCCGUUGGCAACAACGUUGGUCUACUCUGCUCGGUAACAAACUUCAAUCUAUUAAACCGAGUAUAGGUUACUGGCCGUCUUCUUGUCACCAGUGUCGAGGUUGGGAGACUACUCUAUCCCGUCUUCGCAUUGGCCAUACUCGUCUUACUCAUGGUUAUCUCAUGGAGAGGCGCCCUGCUCCUCUCUCUGAGAAUUGUCAGGUUCCAUUAUCGGUUAGCCACAUCCUAUUAGACUGCCCACUUUAUCAACGAGCACGCAGAAUAUACCUCCAACAUCGUCUUCGCUUCGCUGCUCUCUUUACCUUCCCUUCUCGCUGAUGGACCCACCUUUAAUCCGGACACACUCUGACUUUUUGACAACCGACUUACUUCACAAACUCUGAUGAUACCUUCAGCCCUUUCUACCUCAAUCUCUUGCUGCCCUCUACCCCCGCACUAUCCCCUGCCUCGCUGUUCUCUAACCUACUAUCAUCCCUCCCCCCUUCUGCCGCCCAAUACCCUUGCUUGCUUCCUUCCCUACCCCCGCAGCGCUGUAUAGCUCUUGUGGUUUAGCGCUUCUUUUUGUUAUAUUUUUUUUUGUGAAUAAAAGUUCAAAAUGGAAAGUAUUUGCAAUAUAGGAAAGGCCUGAGGGCAUAACUAAUGAACAGAGGAAAUGUUUUAGGGCAAGAAAUGUAUGCAUUGUUUAUUUUAUUCUAUUUUUAAAUUGGCAAUUUUUUGUGUGAAAUUGGCCAGAUUACCAAUUAGAUUAUUUUAUUGGGUAGUUGAAAUAGUUAAAUGGACAGUUUUUUUUGUACUCGGUUGAUAGAAUGGAAGAAAUACUAGUGAAAUGCCUACAAGUUUGAUUGAUUGGAACAAUGGAAUUGACUUAAAAUAGGACUCAAAUUGGGCAAAAUUGCAGUUGCAUAUCGCAGACAGCUAACUUGACAAGAGCAUAAUUCCGUAAGUUUUCCAUCAAAUUUUGCACUUUUGGUUUCAUGACCGUUGGAAAAAAGAUUAUCACUUGACAAGAUUUUUUUUUUUUUUAAAUUCUUGGGCCCUGAGAGAAAUUCUUAGAACAGGCGUCUGGACCCUGAAAGGGUUAAGGGGCUCGAGUAUCCAGCAGGCUUGUGAAAGUUUUAGGAGUGAAUGGAUAGUAGUAUUUAACAAACCUACUGUUGGAGUGUGAGCAAGGUACCAUUCAUGAAGGGAUCCAAGGUAACUGAAAUCGAGUCAGAGGUGGGAAGGGCAGUGCCUGUACUCUGGAGGAAUAUAUUUCAGUUGGAUGAUAAUCUGAAUUGUGAUGUCAAUACACUUCUGGGAAGAUAGCAGUCUACUCGAGCAUAUUCCGUUAUUCCUGCCUGUUUACCCGGAGAGGUACUUUGAGUUUUUGCCCCAGCCUAAGAUAAUUCAAUCCACCAUUUCUUCUCUCACUUUGCCAUCUCUGAACCCAUGUUAGUUAUGAAAUUACUUCUCUCCUAGUGUUCUACUACUUGAAGAGAGGUAGAAACAAUGUCAUAGAAACUGGUCUAAGUCAAUGCUUUCUGGCUCUUUUCUUAAAUAUAAGGACUACAUGUGCUGUCUUCCAGAUAUCUGGCAACUGUCCAUUAACUUCCUGUAGAUCCUAGCUAGCGGUUCUAGUAGUAGUUCUGCUCCCUCUCGUAGAAUCUAUGGUGAAACCUUGUCAGGUCCCACUGCCUAUUAUGUAUUCAGAUCCAUCAGCAUUUUCUUUACCUUCCCUCAUGUUUAAUGUUGUUCAGUACCUGUUGAUGUACUCUGUCCCCUAGUCUUUCUGGUAUUGUCUGUUUCCACUGAGAAGACUUCUUCAGAUCGUUUGAUCAACACUUCACAGACUUUGUCAUUCCUUCUUAGUUAUCUGGUCUUUUACACUUGUCUAUGAAUAUAGGAAUGAUUAAAUUGGAUAUAAAAUGCUUGUCAAGAUGAAUAUAUCACAACAGCAGGCAGUACACAUACUAAAUUUAGAAAAUAAAAAUGUUUAGGGAGUAUCAAUGCAAACUUUAAAUUUGAAAAGGGCAGUUCAUUUCAUUUCAGUUCUUACUAUAGGCUACAAUGUUUUGGUGGUAAAGUAAGGUUAGAAUAAACCAUGAAUUCCUACAAAACUAAAUUUUUUUUAUUUUGCCUGACAUUACAUUAAUUCCAGCACAACCAUAACACCAAUAUACAUAUGGAAUGUAUUUAAGAUAAAAUGUCAAUAUAAAACUUAAGACUUUAAUCCAACACCAAUUUUUAUUUUUUACAUUUACACUAAAGCAGGACUGGGAAAUUAGACAAAAAACUUAUGCUGACAAUCUUAAACCACCCACCAUUAAAUAUUAUAUGACCUCCUGUAGCUAGACUCUAAUAAUAAUAAUCACUUUUACAAUAGAUUGGUUUUGUGUAAAUUCCUUUACACAUGAAAAUAAGGCAAUCAUCUAGAAAAUAUCUUUUGAAUCUCUUA